CCAGAUCGAUCCGCAUCCAAACGGACCUUCUGAAAUUGGGAAUGGUCUCAAUCGGUCUUCAUUUUCCCCGCUAAUUUCGCCACUCUCUCUUUCUAGACAUUUUUUCUUCUUCUAUCUAUAUUGCCUUUACUCUCUCUGACUCUAUGUCCGAAAAGUUGGAGUAAGAACAUGUUGGCUUUCGCGGUCUUCUUCUUCAUUCUCCCAAUCCUCUUCUCGCCAUUGUCAUCCUCUGAAGUUCAAUAUCCAUUCAAUGUUUCUUACAACAUUGACUGCGGCGGCUCCACCAAUUCCGUCGACCAGUUUAACAGGACUUGGCUCUCCGACCGCAACUACACCGGUGGUUCCACCGGCCUGGUUUCCGAGCCUCUCCACUUCCAUCCGCUCCAAGAGAAGACCAUCCGAUUCUUCCCUCUCUCGUCAGGGAAGAAGAAUUGUUAUAUAGUCAAUCUCCCGAAUGGACGGUACUACGUGCGCACGUUUACGGUGUACGACAACUAUGACGGGAAGUCGCAUUCUCCGAGCUUUGACUUGUCAGUGGAGGGAACCCUAGUAUUCAGCUGGCGGUCGCCGUGGCCGGAGGAGGUCAGCCAACACGGGGCCUACUCCGAUCUUUUCGUAUACGUCAACGACGGCGAGGCCGACGUCUGUUUCUACAGCAUUGCAACCGAUCCUCCGGUAAUCGGCUCGCUCGAAAUCAUCCAGAUCGAUGCGUACUCUUACGAUUCUGCCACAAUUGGUACCGAUCAGAUUCUGGUUAAUUAUGGACGGUUAACUUGCGGCUCGGACCAAUGGGGGCCGGGGUUCAGCAACGAUACCGAUUUCUUUGGCCGGUCCUGGCAGUCCGAUGAAGAAUUUCGAGCAAAGAAUUCAAAUAUUAAGCGUUUAUUGACUUCGAAAAGUAUAGCUAAUACGAAUAAAUUACCUAAUUAUUUUCCGAUGCGAUUGUAUCAGUCGGCCGUUACGGUUACGGGAAAUGGGGCAUUAGAGUAUGAAUUGCAGGUUGAUGCGAAAUUGGAUUACUUGUUGUGGUUUCAUUUUGCGGAGAUUGAUGCGAGUGUAAAUGCGGCUGGGAAGAGGGUUUUCGAAGUGGUGAUAAAUGGGAAUAAUGUGACUAGGAUUGAUGUUUAUCAGCGGGUUGGGGGUUUUGCUGCAGAUAAUUGGCAUUAUGUUGUGAAGAAUUUGAGUAAUACUCUAUUGACUGUGAAGCUUGUGCCUGUUGUUGGUGCUCCUAUACUUAGUGGGCUUGAGAAUUAUGCUCUGAUUCCGGCGGAUCUUUCAACGGUGCCUGAUCAAGUGAUUGCUAUGAGAGCAUUGAAAGAAUCUCUUCGUAUUCCGGCUAGAAUGGGUUGGAAUGGUGAUCCUUGUGCUCCUACUAAUUGGGAUGCUUGGGAGGGUGUUACUUGCCAUCCCAACAAGAAAGAAACUGCCCUUGUGGUAUCUCAAAUAGAUCUGGGAAGUCAAGGCUUGAAGGGUUUUAUUAGUGAUCAAAUUGGACAUUUGUCAAAUUUAGUAAGCUUAAACCUGAGUUCCAAUUUUUUGGAAGGUACUCUACCAUCUGGGCUUGGUCAAGAGUCUCUUGCAAGAUUGGAUUUGUCAAAUAAUCAGUUAACUGGGUCCAUACCAGAAAGUCUAGCUUCUUCAAAUCUGCAGCUUGUGCUAUUGAAUGAUAAUUUAUUGGAAGGGAAGGUACCAGACAAAAUUUUUUCAGUCGGUGUACAUGGUGGAUCUAUUGAUCUCUCUGGUAACAAAGGCUUGUGUGGUGUUUCACCUCUGCCAUCAUGUCCUUUGUUCUGGGACCAUGGCAGCUUAUCCACUGGUGGUAAAAUUGGAAUCGGCAUAGCAUGUUCGGUUAUCUUUUGUGUGCUUCUAUUGGUGAUAUACAUAUUCUGCAUCAGGAGAGGGAAUGAUGAUUAUGACUUUGGUCUACCCCAAGAUUUAAUGUCACUAGCUGCAAAGAGAAACAAGUAUCAGAGACAGAAGUCCUUAAUGCUCCUUGAAAUGGAGAGCCAACAUGCAAAAGGAUUCCCAUCUACUUUGAAUCUGCGAUCAGAGUCUUCUUGAAAAGGAGAAUAAUGAUUUUGAUAGUCCUUAGAUCACAAAGAUGGUGUAGAGAGAGGCCAUGAACCGCAACAAUACAAAACAUUCAGAUACACAAUGAGUGGCAACACUGCUUUAUAACGAUAUGACUUCAUGGGUUUGGCUUUUUCAGCAAUUCAUCCCUGAAUGGGGUCUUGGUAAGCCACACUGUCUGUAAAAUGCAAUGUACCUUUCUGGGUUCUUGAAUGAACCAAAAAAGUCAUAUGUUCCCCAAUGUAUCAUACCAAAAUUUUCAGCAUUUGAUGAAUAUAUGAUCAGAAUCUGAGUUUCAAUGCAUGUAAAUGACAGACAUAUUUAUAUCUAGUGGGCCCAGAUCCAUUAUCCCUCUGUUUCGUUGA